UUCUGGCAACACUGUUUACGUGCGUGAAAAUUAGUUAAAGUUAAUUUUUUUUUUGUAUGAAAAACAAAAGAUAUACAGUGUUUCAUAAGCAUAAUAAAGUGUUCCGCAUGCGGCAACCGCUAACUAAAUCAAUUAGUCAAACGAAUAGCAACAGUAGCAUUCGCGAUUGCCGCAUUAAAUAAAAGUUUACUUGAAUUUUAGUCUAGCCUCAAUAUCAAAAACACACACACCCACACACACAAUAAGAAACCCACACACUCAUACACCACAUACGAAUUGUGUAUAUUGCGUAGCGAAGAAAGAAACUGCAACAACACACACACACACACACACACACCCACAUACACAAACAAACACAGACAAAAUAAAGACAGACAGAUGUCUUACAUGAUGGCCAAAACGCUGGAGGAGCAGAGUUUGAGAGAAUGCGAACAUUAUAUACAGACCCAUGGAAUUCAGCGGGUACUCAAAGACUGCAUAGUCCAACUCUGUGUGUGUCGUCCAGAAAAUCCGGUACAAUUCCUACGACAAUAUUUUCAAAAAUUGGAACGGGAACAAGUGAAACUGGAUGCCAGUAAACAGGUUAUCAGCCCUGACGAUUGCGAAGAUCUCAGUCCAAUGCCACAAACAGCUGCACCGCCCGUACGUAGACGCGGUGGCAUUUCAGCCGAACCCGUCACCGAAGAGGAUGCCGCCAAUUAUGUUAAGAAAGUGGUACCAAAGGAUUACAAAACAAUGAAUGCCCUGUCCAAGGCAAUUGCCAAAAAUGUACUAUUUGCCCAUUUGGAUGAGAGCGAACGUUCGGAUAUAUUCGAUGCCAUGUUUCCGGUUAAUCAUACAGCUGGCGAGAAUAUCAUACAGCAAGGCGAUGAGGGUGACAAUUUCUAUGUUAUAGAUGUUGGUGAAGUUGAUGUCUUUGUCAACUCCGAGCUGGUGACUACCAUUAGCGAAGGCGGUAGCUUUGGCGAAUUGGCCCUCAUCUAUGGCACACCUCGAGCCGCCACUGUACGCGCCAAGAGCGAUGUUAAACUGUGGGGCAUUGAUCGCGACUCCUACAGACGUAUUUUAAUGGGCUCAACCAUACGCAAACGCAAAAUGUACGAAGAGUUUUUGUCACGUGUCUCCAUACUGGAAAGUUUAGAUAAAUGGGAACGCCUGACAGUGGCCGAUUCCCUCGAGACCUGCUCAUUUGAGGAUGGUGAAACGAUUGUGAAGCAAGGAGCGGCAGGCGAUGAUUUCUAUAUCAUUCUCGAGGGCUGUGCGGUGGUCCUGCAGCAACGCUCAGAGCAGGGCGAAGAGCCUGCCGAGGUGGGUCGUUUGGGUUCCAGCGAUUACUUUGGAGAGAUUGCAUUGCUAUUAGAUCGACCACGUGCAGCCACUGUAGUGGCUCGCGGUCCGCUCAAGUGUGUCAAACUGGAUAGGGCGAGGUUCGAACGUGUAUUGGGUCCCUGCGCAGAUAUACUUAAACGGAACAUUACGCAGUAUAACAGUUUCGUUUCAUUGUCUGUUUAAAUGGACAACAAUAAACAUCAGCAAACACCAACAGCAAGAACAGUAGCAGCAGCAGCAGCAGCAACAACAACAACAACAACCACAACUGAGAACAACAAUGCAGCGAAUGCCAACAACUACAACAACAACACAACAACCACACAAAAAUUUAUUGAAAGAAAAGAUGGAAUAAUAAAAAAGGAAAGAAAGGAAAUUGUUAAACGCUCAGAAUCAGCUGCAAUUGCAGCUGAAUCUAAAACAAAUAAGCUAAAAGAAGGCAAGAAGCAAGUAAUAAAGGAAGAGGAAAAAAAAUUUAAAAAAAAAAAAAUAAACUUAAACUUUGUAAUUGUGUAAUGGUUAAAUGCAAGCAGAGAAAACAAAGAAACUAAAAACAAAAACAAAACAAACACACA